ACGCAGCAGCUUCGCUCAGCAUUUUUGCCUCUUUUCUUACUUUGCAUAUUGCAUUGUAUUGCGGAGCAUCAAAUCAAAUAAAAUCACCUCGAGAGCCAGCAGCUCAACUCAUUUCAGGUGUUCUGUCUGUCUGUCUGCCUGUUUCUCUGCACACAAAAGCACAGCAUAGCACUCAGCACAGCACUCAGCACAGCACUCAGCACCGCCCAAUCACUGCUAGCGCUCAUCUGCCACUGGAUUGACGCUACCACCGCCUGGCCUACCCACUAUUAUCAGGCGGCAAAUCAGAACCCCUGGGGCGUUUUUUUUCGCCAUUGCUGGACCCAAGCCAUUUUGGUCCUACUUGUACAUAGCCAGCACUUGAGUCUCAGCCUGACUCUUCUUCCUCUUUACUCUUGAACACGACAAACCAUCGACAUCGGCAUCGACAUCGAUAUCGAAAGCAGGAGCAUCGACAAGCCCCCUAUCCAUAUCUCCCAUUCUCUUCUUUUCACUUUCGCAGAAAUGGCGACUCCCCAGUCCACCACCUCGGACGAUCUCUCCGGCCCUAAGAAGCUCGAGCAAAUCACGUUCCGCUUCUGCUCCGAAUGCUCUAACAUGCUCUACCCCAAGGAAGACGAAGACGCGCACAAGCUGCAGUUCACCUGCCGCACCUGCCAGUACACCGAGGACGCUCAGUCGACGUGCGUCUUCCGCAACGUGCUCAACAACUCGUCCGGCGAGACGGCCGGUGUCACCCAGGACGUCGGCUCUGAUCCCACGCUCCCGCGAUCCAACAAGGCGUGCCCGAGAUGCAGUCAUCAAGAAGCCGUCUUCUUCCAGUCGCAAGAACGCAGUGCUGAUACCGGCAUGAAAUUGUUUUACGUUUGUUGCGAGUGUGGUCACAUUUUCGAUUAAACGCGUCUACGACUAGUCACGCUCACGAUUCAUUCACAAAGCCUGACCUUGAAGAGCGAAAAAAAUCACCUGGACCUGAUUAGAGAUAUUGCCCGUGCUUAUCUCUAUUUCUCUUUGUUUUCUUUACUUUUCUUUUUUCUUUAACACUCGGCGUCGGGAAGGAAAAUGCUACGGAAAAUGGCACAUCUAGAGUCUACCAUAAUUGCGUACCACCGAACCUGGAAAAGAACGGAUGAUGGCGUUGGGGGAGUAUGUUUAGAGGAUUUUGCUAGGCCGGCGUUGCAAUGUCACACCGUGCAUGAAUUCAGUCCCUUCCUUGCAUUGUUUUGUGUCUUUUCAAGUCUCUGUGCAAUAUCAAUACAGCUUGUCAUGCCAGACAGAGGUACUUUAGUAUGUAGUUUUGCAAAUCAAAAUAUCGUUGUACAUC